CGCGAGGGCGGGGCACCGCCGCUGCCGCUAUACCCCCGCCAUGGGGCCGCGUCUGCUCCUGCUCGCCCUGUUGUACGGGGUAGGAGUCUGGGCCUCCGAGACGUCGAUGUCACCGUCCGUGACCAACGGGAGCAGUCCGAUCGUGCAUGUGGCGCCUCACAACGAAACCAGAAUUGUCCUGCCGAACUUUGGGCCAGGGCAGAUGCUGAAGCGCUCCUUAUACGUGCUGACUGGCUUCUGCGGACUGGCUGCACUCUAUUUCCUCAUCCGGGCCUUCAGAAUCAAGAAACCACAGCGGAAGAAGUAUGGUCUACUUUCCAGUACGGAUGACCACAUGGAGAUGGCUUCGAUGGAGAGUGAUGAAGAGACAGUCUUUGAGACCAGGAACUUGAGAUGAUGAAGAGCUGGAGUCCACAGUGGUAGCUGCACAGAGCAAUCCAGAAAGGGGAAGAGGGACCCCAGGCACAGAAUGUCAAGAAAAUUCAGGCUUUAUUUUUUUAAUGGUUCUAUACUAUACAGUGUUUCUAACGGGGGGGGGGGGGAGGGAAGGUUGGGCAAUUCUUUUGCACUUGGGGUAUGUGGGGAGAUGCAGGAAAGUCGGAGUAGGGGUGGGUGUGGCUUCUUUCCAAAUCCUAGCUUUUACUCUGCCAGGUGCAGGCUUCUUUGGGGGAAGCUCAGCUAGUUUACCUUCCCGGCUCGGCUCUCGGGUUCUGAGAGCUUGCCUAGAUCCCCUGCCCUCCUAAUGCCCCUCCUCUCCUUGUGCUAACAUUCCCAGCUCUGAUCGGGACUGGAGACCCCACUGAGACACCUGGGGUCCUAUCUGGAAUCUUGGAACAUGAGCCAUGCUUCCUGGAAGAAGGGGAGAGGAGGGGAGAGGAGGCGACUGGGUCCCAGCAGCUUCACUUCUCCCAUUGAAGAGCUGCAGGGGAGGGAGGGAGGGAGGAGUGGUACUGAGUCCACGGGAAGCAAGACACUGAUUAGACCCAGCCAAAGGUGGCAGCGGCCCAACCGCCUCCACUCUCCACACCCUGCCUUGGGGGACCAAAUGGUGUCCGGGUCUCCAAGCUGCCAGAAACCAAAGCCAGCGUCCCCCUCUGAGACAGGCUGAUCCGGGAUCUCCCUUAAGGACCAUGUUCUAGAUUUUCCCUUGGAUGCCCGGGGCCAGAGAACGGGGAUCAAAGGGAGAAGGCCUGGGGUUAGUAGUCGCUGUGGCUAUUUCUCCUGCCUGCCUGCUUUCUCCUCGAGGGACCAUCCCUGAACCUUGGCCCUUGCCCUCAGUGACUGUGAUGCAAGGGCUCUUCUGCCUGCACUGCCCACACUGGUGUAUUGGGAAGGACACUCCUUUCUCAGAUCUGCACUCUCUGGACAGGGACUGCCAGGCACCCUCUUCCUGGGACCACCUGGCUUUCUCCCAGGACUGGGGAAGCCUUUUACUUUGUAUCUGUAUAUUUGGGUAUUUUGGUUUCCAAGAGACUUCAGUUUCCCGUUGGGGGACCAGCACCCCAAAGUGUUUGCUUGUCGAGGGUGCGCCGUCAAAGCUGCUGAUUGUAAAUAAAGUGAGCUGGCCUUUACCCUUCAGCACACAGGGCACCGUGGACUCCAUUCCUCUGCCCAGGUCUCUGCUCCAUCCGCUUUGAAGUCAGACCCUCCGUGAACCUUACCGUGGGUGUCCCUCACCGCUCUGGACUUGGCUGUGGGUGGUGGGUGAAGAGGAAAGAAUACCAAUGAUUAUUCUUCA